AUGAGAUCUUUUUCAAAGCUCGUAUUCCUUCUAUUUCCUGUAAUCUUCUCAGUCGGUUGGAUUCAAUUGGAUGCAAACCCGAGCCUCUUUUUCCACAAUCUAAUCUUUCCAGUGAACACAAACACGCAACGCAGUUAUCUCGAACAAAAGCGGAUAUGGUUGACAGGGGGAUCGAGCGGCAUUGGCGCAAGCUUAGUUUGUACUCUAGUAGAAGCGCAGGCCAAAGAAGUGAUUAUUUCCUCUCGAAACGUUGCCAAGCUUGAAAAUGUUAUCCACAAAUGCCAACAGAAAUAUCCAACGUCCUCAACACAGCUGGUCAUUGUUCCGUAUGACGCAAUGGAUUCCAAUCAAACAACCACAGCUGUCGGUAACGCCAUAAUGAUGGCCAGUGAUGGUGAGAUCGACAUUCUGAUGCUCAAUAGUGGAAUAUAUCAAGCGAAACCGGCACUUGACACUUCCAUGGACGAAACCAGGCGCCUUACUCGGGUCAACUAUGAGGCACCAGUGGAACUCGCAAUGGAGUUGAUGCGACAAAACAAAUGGAAGGAACGGGGUCAUGGACAUAUCGUCGUAUCGGCGUCGGUCAUGGCCAAGGGUCCACAGUCACUAUGUUCGUCAUAUGCAGCCAGCAAGGCUGCCUUGAAGAACUACUUUCAAACCUUGAGUACCGAAGAGUUUGGGUGGCUGAAAGUCCAGGUCGCCAUUAUCGGAGGGACCAAGACAAACAUGUGGCACAAUCUUAAUUAUGAUGUGCAUCAGCCACACGAUGUUUCCUUAAUGGAUCCUGACCGAGUCGCACAGCUCAUGGUGAGGGCCAUGUCAUCACGAUUUUGGUGGUGGCACUACGAACCUUGGAUUACCAAGAACGUUGGACUGCUGUAUUUGGUAGUUUCACAUUAUACUCCUGGACUACACGCCAUUAUGACUCAUAUGGUGGGUGCUGCCAGACAAGUUUCAUAUCAACAAGAUCAUUCUGAUUUAUUGGAUUUAAAAGCUAUUAUUAGGAACUUGGCCAAGACUCGAUUUUCAGAAACAAUUUAUACACACAACACAGAAUAG